AUGUCGUUGUUGGUCCCGAAUAGCAAUGACCAUCGUGAUGCCCACGGAGAUUUGGAAGAAGAUGCAAAAUACCGCCAACUAAUCCAGGCUCAACAUCGCACCAGCCCCGGGUAUUGGCAGUUCGAACCAGUGCAGAACUUCUUCAAGCAGUCCUCUAUGGAGACCGACGAUAUGGGAUUCAGAUACACCGCAGACGACUUUGGGGCAUUGAAAGCCUGGGGUGAAAUUCUCGAGGAGUUGAAGCAGCUCAACAAGGCCAGCAACAGCGACAACGGCACCAACAUUCGCUACAAAUUGAUGUUUUUCGCUCGCCACGGUCAAGGAUGGGCCAACGUUGCCGGCCGCAAGUAUUCAAGAGACGAGUGGUACGAGAAAUGGCGGUUCUUGGGCACCGACGGCGAGAUCACGUGGGGUCCCGAUGCCGAUCUAACCGAGUUGGGUGUCGAUCAAGCGUGGGAGAACCACCACGCGUGGCGCCACCAGUUGAGUAGAGGUGCCCCCUGGCCCCGCCUGUUUUACGUUUCGCCUCUACAGCGAGCCAUCAAGACUCACAACAUCACGUGGGAUCACCAGCCCGCGCGCGUGGUGGAGAACUUGAGAGAGACCAUCGGGUUGCAUUUAUGCCAUCGCAGAUCCAACAGGUCCAGUCUCGAGCUGCGUUUCCCUAACCUUGUCUUCGAUGACGCCGUACCGGAGGAAGAUUUGGUGUUUGAUUCCUAUGUGCGGCCGCACAAGGAGCUGCUCAGCGAGCAAUUUGUGCGCGUAAACGGGGUCUUGCUGGAGAUAUUUGAAAAUGACGAGAAUGACGUUAUAUGUGUGACUUCGCAUGCGGGAACUAUCCGCUCGUUCAUUACCGUGAUUGGUCAUCGCAAGUUCACUAUUCCUACUGGAGGUAUGAUACCGAUUGUGGUUCGAGGUGAGAAAAUAGUGAACCACUAA